GAGCUACCGGUCCCGAUAACCGGAAUAGUCCCUUUUGCUUCCGCAUAUUACCUCGCUCUCUGACAAAAUAGUACAGUAACUAUUUAAUAUUUUAUAUUACUUUAUUUUUUUAUUUACGUUCGCAGUUUCUUUUGCAUUAUUUGUGCAACAUGCUUUCACUGGAUUUCCUGGACGAUGUGCGGCGGAUGAAUAAGCGUCAGCUCUACUACCAGGUGCUGAAUUUUGGGAUGAUCGUUUCAUCAGCACUUAUGAUUUGGAAGGGCUUAAUGGUUAUUACAGGCAGUGAAAGUCCAAUUGUAGUGGUGCUUAGUGGAAGUAUGGAGCCCGCAUUUCACAGAGGAGAUCUUUUGUUCCUUACUAACCGAGUAGAAGAUCCAAUUAGAGUUGGCGAAAUUGUUGUCUUCCGGAUAGAAGGAAGGGAGAUUCCAAUUGUACACAGAGUUUUAAAAAUUCAUGAAAAAGAAAAUGGAGACAUUAAAUUCUUGACCAAAGGUGACAAUAAUGCAGUGGAUGAUAGAGGCCUGUACAAGCAAGGCCAGCACUGGCUGGAGAAAAAGGAUGUUGUGGGACGAGCAAGAGGGUUUGUUCCAUACAUUGGCAUCGUCACCAUUCUAAUGAAUGAUUAUCCCAAGUUUAAGUAUGCAGUUUUAUUUCUGUUGGGCCUAUUUGUUUUAGUCCAUCGGGAGUAAGGAUCAUGAAAAAUGGACGUUCUACAAGAAAACAAUUCUCCGUCAUUUUAAGAAAAAAUAUGUAUAAUGUACCAAUUGGUUGAAAAUGUUUCUUGAGAGGAGAAUGUUAAAAUAUAUUUUUUUAAUAAGUUGUCUUUGGGAAAAUUUUAAACCCAGAGGGUGGGCGCUUGGGCAAUUACCCUUAUGGCAAAAUAGGGGAAAAAAUGUUUUUCUUUUUUUGGCCUAAAGCUGUUGUCUCUUAAAAGUAUUUAUUGCCCUUGACAAAUGUCUGAAUUAAUGGUAAAUUUAUCAACCAAAUACCGCUUUAUAAAACUUUGUUGUUCUUCA